CUAAAUAUUUAUCGAUAUCGUAAAAAUAAGUAAACAUUAAUAAUUUAUAUUUACAAUGAGCGCCGGAAAAGAGACAAAAGCCUUGAUCAAGGACAUCCGGGAGACAAUCAAACUGGGCAAACAUGCGGAGGCCAUUCCCAAGUGCCAGCGCCUGUUAAAAUCGGAGCCCAAGAAUGCCAUGGGCUACUUGUUGCUCGGAGCCGCCUACCAGAACCUGGACAAGGCGGAGGCGGCCAAGAACCUCAGGUUGUGCAUCGAGUUCACGGAGGGACCGGCCACCGCCGCGCUCCUCGGACUGGCCAACUGUGCGCCCAGCAUCGAGCUCCCGGAGAUCUACGAUCAGCUGGCGGAUCUGCAACCAGAACAAGCUUUGGACUAUUGGGAAAAGCUUUUCACCUUGGCCUCGGAUGCUAGUGUGGCUCCCGCCUGCUUUGCUGUUUUGAAAAAGAGAGUUAAAAACCCAGAGGAAAAACAUUAUUCGAAAAUUCAGGAAUACCUGGGACGCAUUUGGUUUGCUAACGAUUUGGAAAUUAGCACAGAGGAUACUCAACUUUACAAAACGACCGUGGAAGCUCUACUAAAGUUCUCGGAACCAAGCGCACAGAGUGCCGUUUACAAGCGAUACCUAAAGUGGCUCUACAAAGAAAAGGAUUUUGUGUCCUGUGUUCGACACGCCUGCAACAUGACCGAAUCGCAUCCCAAGGAUGUGUAUGGAUACGAGUGGAUUUGCAAGACCUACUGCGAAAACCACGAUCAACCUGACAAAGAUCUCUGGCAACAGGAGCUGAGGCAUCCCAUUCAGGUGUACGCUGAGCAGCUUCUGGAACUGAACCCCAACUCAAACUUGGCCCUGUUGAUUAAGGCACUCGAUCUCUAUGCGGAGGGCCAGUUUGUUGCGUCCAGACAGUUGGCACUGCAAGCGCAGCAAAGCCAUCCCACGUACAAAGUGACUCUGGAGCUGCUGGCUCAAAUCCACACAGAGCUGGGAGCCUAUAAGCUGGCACUUCAGCUGUGGCAGCAGAUAGGUCAGGAAAACGAUGCUUAUGCGUUAUGUUUAUCCCACGAAAAGGAUCACUCUAAAUUAAGAGAAGCAGUCAGGGUAUUGCAAGCGCCAACGAAAACGGAAGGCAAUGUUAGGACUUUAGCUCGCUGUUACUUCAAGCUCGGCGAAUUGCAGCUGCUAAACGAUUUGCCCCUAGAUGAUCUCUCCAGGGCAGAAUUUGUCUUGGCACCAGCUGAGGGUCUUCGAGAAAUUCAUAACCAAGAGACAUUUGAGGCCCUUCUGCUUAGUGGCAAACUGCACAUGACGCUGAAAAACUAUUCCGACGCCCUAAACAGCAUGUUGAAGGCCACUCGACUGCGACCCCACUUUGCCGAGUGCUUCGACUAUCUGGGCAGGCUUUAUCCGCUGGCCACUGGGGACUUGGCACGCGCUCGCAAGUGCUUCGAGAAGUGCAUCAGCCUCAAUGCCCUGGCUGAGGAAGCAGUGGAUGCCCUGAGCUUUAUCUAUCAGGAACUGGGCGAGGAGGAGUUGAACGAGACGCUGCUGCUGAAUACUUUGCGUCACUUGGGCAGCGACGAGUCAAUCCGCCUGCAGUAUAAGCUGGGCCUGCAUUUCCUGCAAGUAAAAAAGUGGGACAACGCAAUCCAAUGCUUUCGCAUUGCCAUCAAGCACGACUCACGCUGCAUGGUCUACUGGGAGUCAUUGGGCGAUGCUUAUGCGGCGCGUGGUUCCUACAACUCGGCCAUUCGGGUCUUUCAGAAGAUCCUCGAAUUGUCACCGGAGAAUAGCUACGCCCUGCUUCAGUUAGCCUCCAUAAAAACGACGACACGCAUGUACACCGAAGCCAUUGAGGAUUACAAUGUGCUAUUAAAGCUAAAACCUAGCUACCUGCCAGGACUUCGAGGAGCCGCCGAGGCGCAUAUUGGCAUGGCGAAUAGUCUAAAGAACCAAAAUCUGUACGGCAGGUCCAAGGAGCAUUUUCAGCUGGCUGUGGGACAUCUUCAAAGCGCCUUUCUUCAACCGAAGGCCCAAGGCAUGGUUUGGCUGUGGCGUCUCUCGGCCAGUGUAUUCGUCCAGACCGCCCAGCUGCCUCCCUCGUUGGCCAACUUGGAUGUGGCCGGUAGUCUGGCCAAACGGGAGGAACCCAUUGCCUAUCUGUCACGGAAGGAUCUACUGCAGCUAGCCCAGCGUUUCUAUCUGUGCGCCUUGAAGCUGAAGCAGAACACCUACCUGUGGUACGAGUUGUCGCUGGCCAGCUACUACAGUGCCAUCUUCAUUCCCGAGGAGGCCAAAGGACACCUUGAGACAGCGGCUAGAGUGUGCAAGAUGGCCAUCAAGGAGCGGGGCAAUCGAUGGCAGAAUUGGAAUCUACUCGGUGUGAUUAACAUGCACUCAGAGUACGAAAAUCUGCCGUUGGCUCAGCACUGUUUAAUUCAGGCUGUGGAGCUGGAAAGGAAGUGUUUUACGGCCUGGACCAAUCUCGGGGUGCUCUAUAUCAAGUUGAACGAAGUCCGGUUGGCCAAUGAGGCUUUCACGAGAGCCCAACAAUCGAGUCCCGUGUACGCCAACGCUUGGAUAGGCCAGGCAAUGGUUGCGGAAACGAUUGGCGAUCGGGAGGAGGCCUUCGACCUGUUCCGUCACUGCCAGCAGUUUGACUACCAUCCCGAGGCGGCGCUGGGAUUCACACACUGGGUGUGCGAAAUGCUGUCGGAUCCGAGUUCUCGGAACAAGCCGCACAUCAGGCACGCCAUAGAGCACAUGUACGCGGAUGUCUAUGCUCUGGAUGCCAUCAAUUGGUAUGUGCAAAAUGAGGAGACGGAUGCUAGUAUUGCAUCGCUGUCGUUCCAGGGAUUCCUGUAUGCGCGGAAACAGCUCUAUCAUCAAGCGGUGGAAGCCUUUACGCGCGCUUGUAAACUGUGCGAGCCUGGAGCGGAUCGAGACAAGCUGUACACCAAUCUGGGCUACCUUUACCUGAAGCUGGACCAGCCGGAGCAAGCGGCAAACGCGCUAAACACGGUGGCUCAUGCCUCGUUUAAGCCUAUUAUAGGUCUGGCUCAGGCAUAUUACCGAUCCGGUCAGCUGCAGGAGUCCUAUUCGAUUUACAACUCGGUUCUGAGUAACGUUGUGGGCCAUGAUGACGACAAAGCGGCUACCAUCCUAGUGGCCAUGGCCUCCAUGAUCUAUGCCUUCCAGGGCGAAGCAGACACCAAAACGCUGCUCUAUCAGUGCGUCCUGCUGAAGGACGUUCCCAUUCAGGCCUUGUACUCGGCCUUCGCCUUGGGCAUACUUCAUAAGGAUAAUGAGCUGAGCCGGACAAUAAUGACGGAGCUGAGUGCGUACGCUUUCAAGGAGGAGUACUGUGCCGAUGUGUCUUAUCUAACAGCGUACUAUAUCCUGAUAAAUGAGGGUGUCCACAAGGCGUUGUGCUUCCUACAGACCCGCGUCCGCAUGUUUCCCCAUUCCGCGAGUCUUCGGAAGGUUUUGCUCAAGUUCCUUCUUGACUAUUUCCAUGAGGACCGAACCUACCAAUUGCCCACAGCAAAUAUGGCUCUGAUAGCUCUUACCCUGGGCCACACCAAUCAGCUGAAUGGUAUCUUGGCUAGCGAGGAGGCGCAGACGACCAUAUACGCCAGCCAGGCGGUGAGUCCAGUGGACAGGACCUGCUCUCUGAAGCUGGUGCAGCGCGCGAUUCGGCUGAACCCAACGGACCAGCAAGCCAGGCAAUUACUUGCUGCCAUCACUGCCCAUUAAUAAUAAUACCUUAUAAAAUAAAUGUAAAGAUUUUCAAAA